AACGGCCAAGAUGUACUACUAGUAUGCUACAAGCAGUGUGCGGGUUAUCUCGCUCCAUCAUCAUCAUCAUCAAAGAGAACUACGAGGUGUAGCUUUGUUCUUCUACGGCGGUGACUGUGCGAAAGAAGAAGAAGAAAGAAAAGAUGAUGCGAACUCGAUUGUUAUGGUUUGGCGUUGGAUUCACCGCCUCAGCUGCAGUGGUUUCUCAUUUCAUUUGGAAGGAUCUGUGGGUUGAUCGUCACGCUCUAUCUUCUCACAUCACUCAUCAAUUCGACGCUCUUCAAACUCGAAUCUCCAAUCUCGAAUCCACUUUGCCGAAUCAUAAUUCCGUUUCCAAUCAUGAUCAGGUUGAAGGCUAGAUAUCUUUUUGCGCUCCAGUAAAAUGCUUUUUAGAGCUUUACGCUUGCUUCAAAAUGUUUGUAGAGGAAACUACCAUAAUAAAACAGACUGCUUGGAAACCUUAAAAUUCUUACCUGCUUUUUUGUUCCCCUGAGAGAUUAGGCUGAUUAUCCAAUAUCGAGGUAAAUCAGAAACGGAUGAAGCAAAGUUUACUGUACGAUUUUAUUUUUUUUAUUACUGUAUUAUUAUGUAGAGCAAAUAUGUAAUAGUAAUACUAUGCAUUGACAGUUUCAUGUUUUCUGGCUCUGCCAACAAGCAACUACAUAUUCCCUUCAAUACAUGAGCUUUUAACUUUUUUCUCUA